CAUACUCUUAACCUAUUGUGAUACCCUCUAACACCCUACUCUUAAUUUCGCCAUGUUCCCUCUCCCUCUUCUCCCUGUCACCGAUCAAGACUUGUCCGCGCUUGAUGCGCGUGAAGCCCUGCGAUACCAAAACUCCUUCAUGAAGAACGCGUUGAUUCGCGGUCUCAACACCAUCUACACCCUCGCCACAACCAUCCAAGACAGCACCCACCCAUCAAUCGCCCACUUCCUCUCAUACGUACAAAUCGUCUGCGAGAUGCUUCGGCUGCACGUCGAAGGCGACGAAGCCUUCUUCACCAAACGUGGUGCCAACAAUACCUCGCUGGACGAGCUUCUCGGCUCCGCUUGGUCAAAGAACUCAGAGAGGAAGAAGUUGUUGGAGAUGAUCAAGGCCUGGACUGGUGAAGUCGAUGGUUGGGUGUCGGCGCCGGCUUCGUAUAAAGCUCCUUUGCUUAGGAAGCGACUCGAAGAAAUGGAGGUUCCUUUAAUGAAGGGUUCCUUUGAAUUGGUUCAUUGCAUCACACCCGACAUUGUGUCGAAGAAGUUCGACAAGGAAGAAAUGCACGACAUGGUAUUCGAGAACAUUGAAUGGUUGCUCAGCAAUAGCGAUACUGCUGUCCUAAUCCCCUAUUGCAUCGCUCAUCAUGACAUUACAACGUCCAAGUAUUGGCCUGUUAUGGCGCCUGAAGGACUUGCUGCUGUACCUGCCAUGGUCCAAGGAAAUGAAAGCAAAUGGAUGUUCGCGCCGUUCGAUCCCAUAAGGCGAACCGCAAGACUCUGAAACUCUGUUCACGUUCACAUUCGUUGUGAAAGACGGUCAACCUUUGAUGACCAAGUUUAUGAUACCAGAUGACGCGCUGUACCACAGUCUUGUCCUCGUCCCA